AUGAGCUACAGUGAAAACGGGAAGGGCGGAGCUGGCGGCGGCGAUUCGAGCAAGACAAGUGGGCGGUCCGGGACUCGCAUAUCUUUUCCGGCGAUUGUAUAGAGUUGCACUCCUUUCUUUGUUUAUUCUACGAAUUUCACCGGAAAUCAGCAAUUACUGCAAAUGUGGCUCGAGACACUUUCCACAUGUCGAUGUUUAUAACAAAAAAAGACAUCUUAUGACUUUUUUUAUGAGAAGAAAAAAACUUCACGGUUUCAAUUGAAAGGCAAAAAAUCAUUCAAAUCUUGCUCACGUAGAUUAAGGUUCAUAUGGUUUCCUGUAGUCUAAACGAAUGAUUUUCGAACAAAAAAAACAGUUUCUGAUCGGAACUAAAUAGUAAAAUUCCGGGAAGUUUUCAAAAAUGGGCCAUCCUUGGAUGUACUACAAAUGAUUCCCAAAAUCUUAUCAACAGAAAAAUUUUUAAUGGUUUGGUCAAUAAGCACUUGAUAAUUGAUUGUGACAGUUCGCUUUUUCUUCAAAACGUAGGAAGUCCUGCAAAUUGAAAAAGUCUCUCUUUUGCACUUCAAUAAGGUUCCUGAUUGUUUUCUGCAAGCUCAAAUGGAAGGAAAAUGUAAUAAACCAUUUCGAAUGAAGACAAUAAAUCCUGAUAGAAAAUAAAAGAAGAAAGACAUCGAUUGAUAGCAUUAAAUUACCCAUUUGAAACAUUCACGCCUGAGAUGUUUUAUUACAGAAGGUUAAGAGCGUUUACGGCUUUGUUUUUGGAGUGAUACUUCAAAACCUUAAUGUAAAAGUUUACUGGUUGCAAAAAUAGGCUUUGUUCGCGGUGGGAUAUUCGAUGAACGGUUUUGAUUUCAAAAAAUUCAAAUCCUUGCAAUAUUCCGGGCAGUCUUCCUGAAGCUAUUUUGGAAGCUUUCAACCGGAUUCUAUGUGUCAAUGAAUUUAUAAAACGUCAAAAAAGGCUUGGGUCAAAGAAAAUUUCGUAUUUCAAAUAUUAUCCUUGCUUGACUUUUGAACGUUCUGAUCGAUGAAAAAUGUUCCGGCUGGAUGAUUGCCAAAAAUUAUAUUUGUAAUUCGGAAAUUUCGUUUCCGUCUUUUUUUUCUAACAUUAGUGAACUUCAUUCUUGUGGAACAAAGAUCUUCGAAAAGAAAAAAAAUUAUCGAAAAAAUGCUUUUAUGGAGUAAUUCUAUCAGAACUAGAAGACAUGAAAAAAAGAUUAUCAAGAAGUUUAGACCUUCAAGCUUGGCUCAUCGCCUAAAUCAAGCCAGGAGAACUACCAUACAAAGACGGAGAAGCUGAGGACGAGUGUGGCCAGCCGAAGUUGGCGGCAAGGAGAGAGAGUCGGUCGACUACUGUAGCUUGUGUGCUUUCCCAUGCAUCUCGAAGCCUCAUUCUCAUGCCAGCCGAUACAAACAAAGGUGUCUAA